AUGAAGUACGCCUUCACAGCCACCGCCCUCAUCGGCUUCGUCCUAGCCUCGCCCGUGCUCGCGGCCAACCAGUGCGCCAACAACGCCGAGGACUGCGGCGCGGCGGCGGCGGCGGCGACCAUGCACCACCAUGCUGUAGCAGCGGCGGCGCCGACGACGCUCCUGACAAAGGUGGCCGUGGUCGCCGUCAGGCCCACGGCCGAGGGCCGGCACUACGGCGGCAACACGUGCGGCGGCAACUACCACGAGGAGCCCAGCAGCAACCACCCGAUCCCCGCGCCCACGUAUGGCCGCGCGGGGCCGGGCAAGGGGCCGGGGCCUUGUUAUGCGCCCGAGCGGCGCUAUCGGCGUGGGCGUGGGCGUGGGCGGGUGAACCGGAGGGGGUUGAUUGACGAUGAUGACGAUGAUGACGAGGAUGGCAAAGAUGACAAGGACGGCAAGGACAGCAAAGAUGGCAAGGACGACAAGGACGACAAGGUCGACAAGGAUGGAAAGGAGAGUAAAGCUGGCAAAGCUGGCAAAGCUGGAAAAGCUGGAAAAGCUGGAAAAGCUGGCAAAGCUGGCAAAGCUGGCAAAGACGGCAAAGAUGUCAAGGGUGACAAACAUGGCAAGGAGGGCAAGGAUGGCAAGGACGACAAGGACAGCAAAGCUGGCAAAACUGGCAAAGACGGCAAAUAUGAUAAGGGUGACAAGGGUGACAAAGACGGCGAUGCUACCACGACCAGCAGCAAAAAGUACCCCAAGGCGACGAGCAGCAAGCCGGCGUACGCGGACAAGAAGCCCACGUCCUCGUCCAGCAGCAAGACUACGACUACUAGCAAGCCAUAUGAGACGACAACCACCAAACCUGCCAAGACGACCAUGGCCACGACCAGCAGCAAGCCCGCUUAUGGUGACGAGGAGCCGACGCCCAAGCCAACGACUAGCUCCCAGUCCAAGACGUCCAAGACAAAGACUACUACUAGCAAGCCCACGACCAGCAGCAAGCCUGCCUACGAUGAUGAAAAGCCGACGACAAGCUCUAAGCCCACGACAACUAGCAAGCCCACGACGACUAGCAAGCCCGCCUACGAUGAUGACAAGCCGACGACAAGCUCUAAGCCCACGACAACUAGCAAGCCCACGACGACUAGCAAGCCCGCCUACGAUGAUGACAAGCCGACGACAAGCUCUAAGCCCACGACAACUAGCAAGCCCACGACGACUAGCAAGCCCGCCUACGAUGAUGACAAGCCGACGACAAGCUCUAAGCCCACGACAACUAGCAAGCCCACGACGACUAGCAAGCCCGCCUACGAUGAUGACAAGCCGACGACAAGCUCUAAGCCCACGACAACUAGCAAGCCCACGACCACCAGCAAGCCUGCUUAUGAUGACGACAAGCCGACGACAAGCUCCAAGCCGACGACUAGCAAGCCCAUGACGACCAGCAGCAAGCCUGCUUAUGAUGAUGACAAGCCGACGACAAGCUCCAAGCCCACGACUAGCUCCAAGUCCAAGACGUCCGAGCCCAAGACCACCAGCAAGCCUAAAACUACCAGCAAGCCCGCCUAUGACGACGAUCAGCCGACCUCUAGCAAGAAGGAUGCCAAGCCCACCCCUGGCAAUGGUGACGGAGCCUCCUAG